GGCAGAAACCGAUUCACAGUCUUAAAUUUCACUGGACCCUCCUCGAGCAACUAGCCAAGAACCAAAUCAUAAUCUGCUAAGAGAGAGAGAGAGAGAGAGAGAGAGAGUAGACAUGGCAGGGAUUGCUUGCUGUUGCCCUUCAGCACUCUCAUCUCGAAGUACAUCUUGGCUGGUAGUGGGAACUUAUCAAGGAAGAACCCUGACAGGGAAACGGUUCCAGAAAAGAAGUUUGGUAAUAAAAGCAGAGGUAAAUUUUGUGAACUACGAAGAGGCAAAGAAGCUGAUUGCAGUUGAGGGAUAUGCAGUUGUUGAUGUUCGUGAUAGGACUCAGUUUGAAAGAGCCCAUAUAAAGGGCUGCUAUCAUGUCCCGUUGUUUAUUGAAAACACAGACAACGAUUUGGGGACAAUAAUAAAGAGGACUGUGCACAACAAUUUUUCUGGAUUAUUCUUUGGCUUGCCUUUCACUAAACCUAACCCGGAGUUUGUGCAAUCUAUUAAGAGCCAGUUUUCAUCUGGAAGCAAGCUGUUACUUGUUUGUCAGGAGGGACUCAGGUCUGCUGCUGCUUCCAACAAGUUAGAGGAAGCUGGUUAUCAAAAUAUAGCCUGCAUAACAUCAGGGCUCCAAUCCGUAACAUCUGGCACAUUCGACACUGUUGGUUCAACCGAGCUGCAAAAUGCAGGCAAAGCUGGUUUGGUUACGAUACAAGGCAAAAUUUCAGCCGUACUCGGUACUGUUCUUAUCUGUGCGUAUCUGUUCAUUACUUUCUUCCCAGAUCAAGCAGAAAAGCUGCUAGAGCUAGUUCCUUCAGGCUAGCACUCUACAUCCUAUGCAAUUUGUUCGUCGCUAGUUCAUGUAAAUUGAGAGAAAAAGUUGAGAUAUUUUGCUGCCUUGGAGCAUACAUUUCAACACCAGGAAGGAGCAGAAUAGGAGAUGUGUAAAUGACUGCAAUUUUGAACCAUCUUCCAGAAGAAUUUCAAGUGUGCAUUUGAUGAUUAUC